AUUGGUGUUGUUGAAGAAAUUCGGCAUUGUAUUUUAAUAUCCAACCAUGUCUCUUUUGUGUUAAUUCAAAUUUGGCUUGGCUUGCUAUGAACUGACUGUCUCCCUCAUAUGUCAAUAUGCCAAAACUUUUGUUCUUUAGUUGUUAUUUUUCUUUUUAAAUUUUCUGUUGAGUAAACUGAUUAAUUUUUUAUUUUUUUCCUGCAAAGAAUCAUCUCCCUAUGUUACCUUAAAAGGCCAUUACCCAUUGUUGGUUGCAGCUAUCUGGGGUCUUGGGAGGGGUAGACUGUCUACGGUCCUAACCUUUGUAUUUUUAGCAUAAAGUGACUGCUCUCAGACUUGAACCUGCUUUCUUACACUUGCCAUCCCAAGAUUUUACCAUUAAACCAUGUAAUGGUAUCUUAAUCAUGCUAAUUCUUCUUUCCACAACUUGGUUCCCAUUUGAAGCAAAUGGGAUGUUUAAAUGCCUGUCAUUCUUUCAAUACGUGCAUUUGGUGCUGCCAAGAUUUUUGCAGUAAGUCAAAGAUGUGCAUCUCAUGCAUUUGUGCAAGUGGUUGGAAAAAAAAAAUUGUCAGCUGGAAGUAGUAUGUCUUGAUUAAUUGGGUAAGAUGAAGUAAUUUUAUCAUCUUUUCAUUGGGGAAUGCUUUUAAGAAACCUGCCUUUAAUAAGUUAGGAAAUUUGUUGCCAUGAGUAGGAGUUCAAUGUGCAGCCUUUAUUCCAAAUUUACAAAAAAAAAAAAAACUACUACCAGUCAAGUUCCAACAUUGGGCAUUUGAUGGGUGAAAAGUAAUUGAUGUACAAUGAAAACAGUGUUCCUGGUGGUGGAGAGACUUCUGCUUUCUGCUUACAGUUAUUCUUGCAUUCCAGACUUGUAGUUGUUCCCUUGUGUUUUCUGGAUGCAGUGAUUCUUUUCUUGGGUAUGAUCAGAUUUUAGUAAUGAUGCCUUGUUUUAGUAUGCCAAUUUUUUAUGGACUAUUAAUUCCUUUAGCACAUUUUUCUUUUCGUUGCAUUAUGAAAAGGAGCUUGUAGAAGAACAAGUUUUAGAAAUAUUGGCAAUUCUUCAGGGACUAAGGUUGAGGCAUUAUUUAGGGUUUCUCUUGGUGGAGAUUGAAGGUCACUCUUAGAUGAAGAUUAGUUGGAUAAGAGAUUAUGGUGAGGGCCUGUAGGACUUGCAACAUCACUUUAAGUUGUGUAGAUAUCUGGAUUCUGGAGUGUACGCCUCACUAUGGAGGAUUUGUUCAUGUCCUUCGAAGUUAUGAACGCUGCAAGGCAUUCAACAAAUAAACUAGAGGGUUUGCUAUCAACCUAUCUAUCUACUUACUAUAUUGUUGUUUCUUGGGUGCAAAUGCUUAGUAAAACUGAGCAGUGGAGAGGAAUUUUCAAGUGGUGAUUUUUAUUGGGUUUGUAGAAUGAGUACGAUCUAGAUCCUAGGGUUAUACUCAUGGGCACAUUUUUCAGGUAUUACCUACUUAGCUUAGAGUUUGUGGGUACCUCAGUUAUGCCAGAGUAAAUGAAUACUUUCAAUAGUCGGAUUAUAACUCAGUUGAAAAAAGUGCUAGGGCUGUUGUUGUUGCAUUAAUCAUGAUGAAACUAGAAGUAUGGUUAGUUUUAGACUUAUGAACUGUUACUUCAUAAAUUAAUGUUUUGAUGGUGGCCCUUUUGAUUGAGGUCAAAGGAUGCCCGUAGCACAGACUUCAGGAGCUAUAAACUAGUUCUCUCUUUUCUUCUCUUUACAUGAUAGAAGGCUUGUGAAACCCGCAAUUGACUUCUCAAUUGUUCUCCUCUGAUCAAAUUGGGUUUCUUGCAAUUGAUUCUAAACUCUAGAGAAACCUUAAAUCUGUGGGAUGUGGUUAUUCUUUCUUUAUUAAUCUACCAAAUUUCAAUCUCUCUUUCCUUCAAUUUAUUUGCUUUCUUUGUAAUAUUGGUUUGAAAUGAUCUUGCAAGUCCUUCAUGGUCUACCAUAAAAGAAAUGUUAGUUUUUGUUUGUGUUCUAGAUUUCUAGCAUCAGUAUUUGCUAGAUUGAUUGUUGAAGAUUUCUGUGUUGACCCAUUAUUUUAUUUUAUUUUUAAUUUGAUUGAAGAUCAAAAGGUGUCAUAAGAAAUGGUUUCAGCCAAUAAUCAUAUUGAAAAUUUUCAAUAAAGUAUUGUUACUGAAGGUGUGUACAUUAGUAGAUGAGAAAUGUAAGUUUUUUCUGUUUUUUAAUAAUCUUGUUGAUGACAAUGAAGGACAAGAUGGGUCUUGUAGAGAGCUCCACUGAAGUAUAGCAUAGAAAUUGAAGGGUUUACAAAAACUGAGAAGCUGUGUAGUGGAUUGGCAGGAUUACAUUAUCAGUUUAAUUAUUAGCUUCUUUUUUUAUGUUUUUUUUUUGAAGUGCUUAUUUUUUACGUUGUUUUAUGAUUUAUAAAUCUUUCCAUGUUUUCUUGAAAGAUUUCAUAGGCUUAUGCUUUGAUAUGCAUCAAGGCUUUCUUAAUCCUUGCCUCUUUAGGCCCAACUGCCUCACCUUUGCUGUUGUCUUCUAAUACAUUGGUGGUUGGUGAAGGGUACUCAAAUUCCGCAUUAGCAGUGAAAGGUGAAAUUUCUAUGACAAAGGGUAAGAAAUCUUGGAGAUCUUCUAUCCAAACAUCCUUGGUAAAGUUUGGGGCUUUUCUAGAUAUUUAUAUAGAAUUGAUUUUCAGUCAUAUCCUCCAGAGCAAUUUAUGUUGCCAAUGCCUUUUCCAGAAAGUCCAUUUGAGAUCUUAAUUUCUCAGGGAUUUGCUGUCCAUGUAUAUCUAUGAUGUUGGUGCAAGAUACUCCACAAAAAGAAAAAUGGAGUUCCUAAUUGCAUUACUGUGCUUCCAAUUGUCUUCCACCCAUACAUCCAUAAACACUUCAAACUGAUGACUUCAAUAUUAUUAGAAGUUAUUACUUGUUAGUGGUCAUCAUAUUAGCAGUAGGUUUUCCCUGAUUUGAGGCUUUGGAUUAAGGUCAUAUGGCAACAUACCAAGUUGUAUGGACAAGGCUUCACUGAUGAUUAUGAUAAUGAUGAAGGUGGGGGUCAUGAUAACAUUUUAAUCCAGGAUGUCGUUGUUUUUUUUAACUGGCAUGUAGAUCAAGUGGUCAUUAUCUUUGGUCCAUUGUGAAGGUCCUUUUGUCAACAUGUAGAGAACAUGAAUCCUCCUUUUGUUGAUUUCAUUCUCAUAGUCCACCUUUAUAAUCCUGAAAUGGUAGGUCUCCAAAUGUCUGACCUCACACAAGCCACAUAAUUGAGGAUGGGAACUGGAGCAUAUGAUUCUCCAUUCUUUUUACGUAAGACUGGUGCCCUAUAUCUUCUCAUAAUCAUAACUGUUAGAGAUGUGGAAUGUUAUCAACUCUUUUGCUGGAAAGCAGCUUAGCUGGGAACUUGUUUCCCAUCUUCUCACCAUGUUAGCCCCAUUGGGUUGACUGAUGAUCCUGUUUGCUUGUUGAGAAUGCAAGUUUUCUCCCUGGCAUUCUUGUUGACCAAUAACUGAUGUGGUACAACUCCCUAUAUUUCUGUGAAAAGGUUACUCCAUAAUCAUUUCAUUCUCUGAUCAUGUUUUCUUUGUUUCAAGAGAAACAACUGGCAUUCUGACCAGUUUAAUGUUUCAAACAACUUAAUACAGUUGACCCAAGAUGUCAGAUAUGAAAGGGAGCACCUCCACUGGCACAGAUAUCCUUGCUUUGCACAAGGAAUGGGAUGAGGCUUUGUGCCCAAUCUGCAUGGACCAUCCACAUAAUGCUGUUCUCCUCCUCUGCAGUUCACAUGACAAGGGCUGCAGGUCUUAUAUCUGUGACACAAGUUACAGGCACUCAAAUUGCUUAGAUCGUUUUAAAAAGAUGAGAAUUGAACAUAGGAACAGCCCCUCACAACCCAGAUCAUCUUUUACUGAAAACCCAGAUAAUUUAAUACCUGAUCAGAGGUCCUUACAUGGUAAUACAUCCGAACCUAACUUGGGAGAUCUGAGAAUGACAAAUGGCAUUGAAGAUACUCAUGAAGGCUUCAGUUUAGAUGAAAACAACAAUGGAACCCCAGCUGGAUUAUUGGAUGCAUUAGGAGAUAAUAACAACCAAGAACCAGAUAGGUAUUCGGAAACACAGGUUGACAACAUUACAGAAACUGGUGGCCCUGGAACAUUCAGGGAGAGGAUUGCUUUUGAAGAGUUUGGAGUGGAGAGUAUAUCAAAUCCAAGCUUGAACUUGAAAUGCCCCCUUUGCCGAGGAACUGUCUCAGGCUGGAAGAUUGUCAAGGAGGCUAGACAAUAUCUUGAUCUGAAACAGAGAAGCUGCUCACGGGAGGCAUGCUCCUUCGUUGGUAAUUACAGGGAGCUUCGUAGGCAUGCUAGGAGGGUUCACCCAACCACAAGACCUUCUGUUAUUGACCCAUCAAGGCAACGGGCAUGGCGUCACCUUGAACACCAGAGGGAAUAUGGAGAUAUUGUCAGUGCAAUCCGUUCAGCUAUACCAGGUGCUAUUGUAGUUGGAGACUAUGUCAUUGAGAAUGGAGAUGGUGGGAUCUCAAUUGACAGGGAAAGCAGCUCAGGUGAAGGAGGCAAUAGCAUAUGGUUGACUAGAUUUUUUCUGCUACAGAUGAUUACGUCACCUGUUUCUGAGUCAAGGGGCCUUUCAAGGUCUUUGACUAGGCAUCGUCGUUCAACUGGAACAUUCUCCAGUCGUCGAAACAUGUGGGGCGAGAACCUGUUUGGUAUGCAAGAUGAUGAUGAUUGGAACCUGACUAGUGACAUGGGUGAGGAUUUAUCUCCAGUUCCAAGGAGGCGUAGGAGGUUCACAAGGUCCAGGCCAGAUGAAGAUCAAGUAUGAGAACCGCCAAUAGUUCUGUACUCUGCAGAAUAACUGUUCAGAUUUGCCCCGAAUGAAAAAGAUUGUCCACAGGUGCACCUACCCCAUGAAGAACUGUGCUUUGAGGUAUCAAAAGCAGAAAAAAGAAGAUGAUGUGUUGGAUUUGGAAUUUGACGUGUGUUUGCAUUUUGCACCAUAUUAGAGUUCCUUCCUACAAAAGUGGGUGAAGGGAAUCCAAUAUAAUGGUGUGCUUUAUUGCAGUUUGGUUCUGGUCUCAAUUCAGUCUGGAUGUUACACUCCCAAAGCAAUCUGCUGAUUGCAGUCAAAACAUUAUUUCUUCAAAUUGUUUGCAUUAUAAUCAAUGUACAGAAUUAUGACGGCAGUUGUAUUUUACUGGUUGUCCUGAAUUGUAAGAACCUGUCUGGUUUGGGCUGGGGAACCUUCAUGGACGCAGGUUGAUGGGAGAUGCCCAUCAUUAAAAGCAGUAGUGCAGCUGUAAAAAGGAUGAGCUAACGGAUCCGUUCUUGGUGGAGUUGGGCGCCAUGUCAAGACUUUGCUUCUUGGUGGGUUGGUUCAUGGUUGCCAAUCUGGGGAGUAAUUGUCUUUUGUCUGUUGCCAGGAAACGGGUGCACAUUUGACUGCAAUUCUUAAGAGGAGCCUAGACCCUUCAUCAUUCCCAUAAUCCCAUUUAUCCCCUCCCCCAUUUUAGAAUGAAUUCUGAGCUGUAGCUUCCUGUUACCCUUCAGUUCGAUUUAUAUGGUGUUGCAAAACUGGAGAUGAAACAAGCUGCCGAGAGUCAUUGUAAAAUUAAUUAGGAAGGGAAUUCAAAGAAAUUGUUUCUUGGGGGAACUUGGAUACUUCCAUUGGUUUUCUUCUUUACUUGGCACAUAACAAGGACAGAUCGUUUAGAUUGUCUAGACCAGAAUAGGCUGAUGUUAAGGCGAUUUUAGAAACCAAAUGGAAAACCAAAAGUAAUUUGUUGUA